UUCUACGGUUGUCUCUCAUGGACAAAGAAGCUUGGAUUAAGAAAGAAAGAAACUUACUUUUAAGAUAACUUUUCCUUCGAAAGCAACUGGAUUGCUUGCCAGGAGAGCCUUACCACAAGAAGAGGACAACAGUAUGAUCGGCUUUGAUUUUCCCAUUUGGAAAAUAAAUAUCUUCUACUGAGAUCUAGAAAAGUGGGCCACUUUGACUCACCACAAUGGACUUUUUAAAGUACAACAGUCAAGCCCUUAUUCAAAGGAUGGGCAUAACAGUUACAAAGCAAAUCUGUGAUGACCUAUUUGCAUUGAACGUUCUCAACAAUGAAGAAGCUGCCAUCAUUUUCUGUGAGCCGCUGGAGCAGGAAGCUGCACGAAAGAUCAUCCACAUGAUUUUGCAGAAGGGCUCAGCUGCCUGCAACCUCUUUCUUAAAAGUCUUGAAAACUGGAACUAUUUUGUGUAUCAGGACUUAACUGGACAAAAUCUUUUUUAUCAGAACAAAGAAGAAAACUUGAAUGUUUUGGCCCAGAAUUUAAAGUACCUAUACCAAAGCCCUGCUUUUCUGAACUUCUUUCCCCUGGGUAACGAUAUCGACAUCAUUUUUAACCUGAAGAUCACCUUCACAGAACCUGUCUUGUGGAAGAAGGACCAUCGUCAUCACCGUGUGGAGCAGCUGACUUUGGGCAGCCUGCUGGAGACUCUUGAGAGCCCUUGCCUAAUUGAAGGGGAGUCUGGCAAAGGGAAGUCCACCCUGCUGCAGAGAAUUGCCAUGCUCUGGGCAUCUGGGGAGUGCAUGGCUCUGAAUGGGUUCAAAUUGGUCUUCUUCAUCCGCCUGAGCAGUGCCAUGGGUGGACUGUUUGAAACAUUGUGUGAUCAGCUCCUGGACUUACCUGACUUCAUCAGCAAGCCAACCUUCAUGGCUCUGCUGAGGACGCUACACAAGGACGUCCUCUUCCUCCUUGAUGGUUACAACGAAUUCCAUCCCCGGAACUGCCCAGAAAUUGAGGCCCUGAUAAAAGAAAACCAUCGUUUCAAAAACAUGGUCAUUGUCACCACCACCACAGAGUGCCUGAGACAUAUCAGACACGUUGGCGCCCUGACUGUGGAGGUGGGAGAUAUGACUGAAGACAGCGCCAAAUUUCUCAUCCGGGAAGUGCUGAUAAAUGAGCUAGCUGGAAGCCUGCUGUUUCAGAUUCAGGAGUCCACGUGCCUGAGAAAUCUGAUGAGGACCCCUCUCUUCGUGGUGAUCACCUGUGCAAUCCAGAUGGGCAGAAAGGAAUUCAAAGCUCAAACACAAACCAUGCUGUUCGAAACCUUCUAUGACCUCCUGAUACAGAAAAACAGGCACAGACACAGAGGGGGAACGUCUAGUGAUUUUGACAGAAACCUAGACUACUGUGGGGACCUUGCCCUGGAAGGUGUGUUCUCCCACAAGUUUGAUUUUGAACAUGAGGAUCUGUCUAGCAUGAAUGAGGACAUCCUGGUUACAACUGGACUCCUCUGUAAGUACACAGCCCAGAGACUGACGCCCAAGUAUAAAUUUUUUCAUAAAUCAUUUCAGGAGUACACAGCAGGUCGGAGACUCAGCAGUUUGCUGAUGUCCAGAGAGCCAGAGGAGGUGAGCAAGGGGAAUAGCUACUUAGAGAAAAUGGUUUCCAUCUCCGACAUCACAUCCCUGUAUGGCAAUCUGCUUCUGUACACGUGUGGGUCAUCCAUAGAAGCAACCAGGGCUGUCAUGAGGCACCUUGCAGUGGUAUAUCAGCAUGGCAGCCUACAAGGACUUUCUGUCACCAAGAGGCCUCUCUGGAGGCAGGAAUCAAUACAAAACCUGAGAAAUACCACUGAGCAAGAUGUUCGGAAAGCCAUCAAUGUGAAUUCCUUUGUAGAGUGUGGCAUCAAUUUAUUCUCAGAGAGUAUGUCUAAAUCAGCCCUGAGCCAAGAGUUUGAAGCUUUCUUUCGAGGUAAAAGUUUAUACAUCAACUCAGAGAACAUCCCUGACUACUUAUUUGACUUCUUUGAGUACUUGCCUAAUUGUGCAGGAGCACUGGCCUUCGUUAAGCUGGAUUUCUAUGGAAGAGCUACAGUGUCACAGGACAAGGCAGGAGAGAAUGGCCCUGGAGUUCACACCAAAGGGCCCUCAGAAAUCUACAUUCCCAGCAGGGCGGUGUCUUUGUUCUUCAACUGGAAGCAGGAAUUCAAGACUCUCGAGGUCACACUCCGAGAUAUUAACAAGUUGAGUAAACAAGAUAUCAAACAUCUGGGGAAGAUCUUCACCUCUGGCGCCAGCCUCCAGCUGUAUGUCAAGAGAUGUGUUGCGGUGGCUGGAAGGCUCAGCGCAGUCCUCAGAACCUGCAAGAACCUCCAUUCCCUCAUGGUGGAAGCUAGUCCCCUCACCUCGGAUGACGAGCAGCACAUCACGUCUGUGACAAACCUCCAGAACUUAAGCAUUCACCACCUGCACACUCAACGGCCGCCAGGUGGUCUGGUUGACAGCUUGGGUAAUCUGAAGAACCUCGUGAAGCUCCUACUGGGCGACAUUAGGAUGAAUGAGGAAGAUGCUAAAAGCCUAGCAGAAGGUCUGCGAAACCUGAAGAAGAUGCAGUUACUCCAUUUGACUCAUUUGUCUGACAUUGGGGAGGGGAUGAAUUACAUAGUCAAGUCUCUCUCAGAAGAACCUUGUGAUCUACAAGAGAUGAAGUUGGUGGCCUGCUGUCUGACUACAAAUUCUGUGAAAAUUCUAGCACAGAAUCUUCACAAUUUGGUCAAGCUGAGCAUUCUUGAUAUAUCAGAAAAUUACCUGGAAAAGGAUGGAAAUGAAGCUUUACAGGAACUGAUCGGCAGGCUUGGCGUUCUGGAACAGCUAACCACAUUGAUGCUGCCUUGGUGCUGCGAUGUGUAUGUCUGCCUGCCCAGGCUGUUGAAGCAAUUGGAGGGGGCCUCAGGGCUUGCCAAACUUGGAUUGAAAAACUGGAGACUCAGAGAUGAAGAGAUUAGAAGUUUAGGUGAAUUUUUGGAGAUGAAUCCUCUGAGACACUUGCAGCAGUUGGAUCUGGCGGGACACCGCGUGAGCAGUGACGGAUGGCUUUCCUUCAUGGAUGCGUUUGAGAAUCUCAAGCAGUUAGUGUUUUUUGACUUUAGCACUGAAGAGUUCUUACCAGACCCAGCUCUGGUGAGGAAGCUGAGUCAAGUGUUAACUACCUUAACUCUGCUGCAAGAGGCAAGGCUCACAGGCUGGGAGCUUGACAACUACGAUGUAGGCAUUAUUCAAGGCACCUUCAAACUAGUGAUUGAUGCACCCAAGCCACCAAAUACUCCCUGACUUUCAGUGAAUUGUUAAAAAAAACCAUGCAGAAGUGGGGCCGUGGAGCUGGCUCAGAGGUUAAGAGCACUGGCUGCUCUUUCAAGGGACCUGGGUUUGAUUCGCAGCACCCACAAGGUGGGUCACAACCAUCCCUAACUCCAGUUCCAGGGGAUCCAACAUCUUCUGAUCUCUAUGGGUACCAUGCAGGCAAAACACUCAUGUACAUUAAAUAAAAUUUUAAAAUACUUUUUAAAAAUCUUGAAGAAGGAAGUCAACGAAGAAAAAGAACGGGAAGGGGCUUGAGAAACGCGUUUGGUCUCGUCUCCGCACACAGGACAGUCUCCCUGACCUUCAGCUGUGUGUUUGUGCUACUUGGCCCCAAGAAUACUGGGUCACAAAACCUUGAGAUACCCUGUUCAUCUGUCCUUAGUGCAGUACCUGGCCUAUAUAGACUCAACAAGUACUUGAUAAAUACAUGACAACUAAAUUACCAAGAAAUCAAAUUGUCUAGAGAACAAGCUUCAUAUAUGCU